CACAGGACUCCAAGAAGAUAAACUGUGGGCUAAUCAGAAUGCAGUGGGUGUGGUUUGAGUGCUGGGCGGUGGGAUGGGUGAGUUUGCUAUGGGGAAUAAUGGAAGAGACAGAGCUUCAGUUCAGAACUGGACGUCUGCGUUCAGGUGGAACAGCAUGGAGGUGACAGUGGCUCCAGAUGAUGCAGGAAUGGGAACUGUGAACAAGGAUCUCUUGUCCUUCAGCCUGACCUCGUGCCCUGGGAUCAGCAGUCCGGCGUGUGUGUGUGAGGCAGGUCUCUGCUGUGGGGAAACAGGCUGCUAUGUGUACUACGAGUUGUGGUGGUUCUGGUUACUCUGGACCGUUCUGAUUGUGUUCUGCUGCUGCUGCGUGUUCAGACACAGACGGAUGAAGCUCCGUCUCCAGCAGCAGCGGCAAAGAGAGAUCGAGCUGAUGGUGUAUCAGAGAGCCUGCAGAUACACACCUCCUCACCUUCAGCUCAGUUAUCUUGCUCUCUCCAAGCUGCCAUCCUACGAGGAGGCGGCAGCUGACUACAGAGGUCUUCCCCCAUCAUACAGUGCUGCGUUUGGCCUGCAUGGUGGCAUUCUGCCCUCCUCGUACAGCUUGGGGACCUUCAGCUCCUGCUCCUCUGAGUCUAGCUCUCUCUUCUCCUCCUCUGCUCCAACAGACGAGAUGCUAACCAGCAGUGCCACAACGCCCAGUGACUCCGGAGACACGUCUGGUUUAGGCCUGGCUCUGCCCACUUUGGUAGAAGAGAACACCCAUGAACAGUCUGACUCCAUGUCACCACCGCUGCCACACCCACAGGGGGUGGAAUAUGACUUAAAUGCAGAAGGUGGUGUUGAGGAGAGUCCCAGAGUCACACCCUCUGUUCUUAAACACACAGUUUUUUCCUCCAGUGUCUGUGUGUUGGAGAUUGAGCGAAGAGCAGAUGAAGAGGACCCGAAGGAGAACAGCUUUCGUCUCCGCACUCUGACAGGCGACUCCGGCAUUGAAGUUUGUCGCUGCAGGGUUAUUCAGGAGGACGACGAUGAUGAUAACGAAGAGGCUGAAGCGAGCGCCGUAGGGGGUGGGGCUGGGCUCGUCCACGACAGUGUGGACUGCUCAUGCCGAAACCUGUCUGACCAGUCAGAGCUUCCAGGUGUAGACUGCAACCUUCAUGGCUCUGCCUCCAAAAACCAGAGGAUUGAGGACUCUGUUGUCACUAUGGAAUCCUCAUGAAAACAACAAAUGAGAUUCCAACAAACAACAACCAAGUCAUUGAUCAACCUGACACACAGUUACUUAUAUAGAGUCCAUGUUAUACAUUCUGUAUGUUGUAUGUAAGUCCACUGGGUUUUGUGAGGCAGUCGUACACCAGUGUGUGCAGGCCUAGAUCAUCCAGUUUUACUGGCUAGGGGCCCAAGCCAGUAGGGGGCAGUGUGAGCAAUUAUGACAAAAUUCUAACAGCUGCCUUCAUUUCCAGCACGAACUGAACGAGCAGGUACCGUGGGGGGAGAAAAAAAAAACAAUUUCAACCUUAUUGAAUUUAAUUCUAAUUCAGAAACCCGACGCUCUCCACAUCGUUAGUGAAUACCAGCUUCACUGCCUGCUCCAAUCACUGCUUAGCAGCUAUUUUACUAUUUACCAUUACCUCGGUCAAGCUUUCAGUUUUUCAGCCAAAAUUUCCUUGGAAUUUAUUUUCAAUUUGAACUUGAAGCUCAGUAUAUUUUUAAAAAUGUGCCUGGGAGCCCCUGUAAGAGUGAGACCUCAUAUGCCGGCAGAGAAAUGCGUUUUCAGGCUGGGUUUACAGGCUGAGCAGCAGCGGCUGUGAACGGUCUACUUUCACUAAAAGUUAUCAAGGGUAAGAUAUAAAUGGUGCAUAAACAUUUUUCAUGCCCACCAUAGCAGAAGGUUUUAGUUUAGGACGCUCCAUUGUUUAGGUUUAUAGGUAUGCUGGUGUUUUUAUUGUUUCUGUCGUGUCAUUUGGAAACUGCUGUUUCUAUUGCCUGUAGGCAACAAGGGGCCGAUGGACACAGUCCCUUCUGGAUGAAAUGGACAAGAAGGUGAUAACAGGAUUAGCCUAAUAAUGCCAGACGAGGUGCAGCCCAUUUCAAUUUUUAUACUUGAGAGCAAAUAGACAAAUUCAUUAAAUAAUUAUAAGUCAUUUAACUUUCAGCCACAUAGGAAAUAUUCAGUUCAAGAGUAUUAUUAUCAUUAUCAAUAUGAUUAUCAGCAUCAUUAUUAUUAUUAUUAUUAUUAUUAUUAUUAGGAGUGCUGUUCACUUGGGUAGGUUAAUUAAUAAUGUUUUCAAUCCACAAUGCAUUGUAGAUACACAUGCUCUUCAAGCAGUGUGAAGGGUAAAUUGGGGCAUGGUUGGAGAUGAUGAUGGUGAUGAUGAUACAUUUAGAUAACCUGGUUUUACUUUUGUUUGCUGUAAGCCUGCAGCUUUCUAGUGCACAGAUUUCGUGUAACUUGCUGUGAUGUCAUACAAAAUGUCCUGAACAUGGGAAAGAAGUUUCCAGAUAGGGCUCCAUCAAACAUUUGUGCCAGGGGUCUAUAAUUUGAUGAACUAGGACUGAGUGUGUGAUAUAUAGUAUCUUACAGCUUAGAAUGCAGAUCAGUCAAGCAGAUUUUAGGAUGGAGAAUACUAUUUUAGAAAUAAUAUUGUAGGGUUUACCGCUGUUAAGACAGACACACUCUAAAGCAUUUUGAGAGUUAAACCUAAAGUCACGUAACUAAUGAUUUGUGCCCUGGCAAGCAAGAACCAUAUUAGUAUUCGCCCUAAAGACUGAAUUUUGUCUGUCUGGUGUGCGAGUCUCCAUCACUCGAUUGUUUUCAGUUCAAAUCGCACACACAGCAGCUGAUGCAGAAACAGUGGAGCAAGUGAUGUGUGUGAAUAGUGGGACUCAGUGACUGUCACACAGCAUGACAUCACACACACACACACACACACACACACACACACACACACACUGUUACGACCCGGUCUAGGUCAAGCAGUAACAAUAUGAAAGAGUGAGAUGUGGUGAUGUGCGUGAGAGAUGAAACACCAAACGCAACUAUUAAGUUCAAGACUGUAUUAUGUGACUAAGACAAAAACAACAGUAGAUUCGCAUAUAACACACACACACACACACUCUCUCUCUCUCUCUCUCUCUCUCUCUCUCUCUCUCUCUCUCUCUCUCUCUCUCAGGACAGCAGCUGCUAGCCUCCAUUGGUGUCGCUCUAUUUGUCAUGGCUGACAGGCUUAAAACCCCACAACUCCUUUCUGCAGUGAAAUGUAAUGAAUUUGCAUGUUUUUAAUUUUAAAAAUCCAAACUAAGAUUCACACCACACAGUCAAAUAAUGAAACUGUGUAUCUCUAUGGCCACCUAGAAAUAGCCUGAUUAAGCCAAAUUGAUCUAACUGACCAAAACCUCUAGAGGAAACAGUUUAGCACUGCCAUCUGACCAAGGUUUGCCAUCUUUAAAAACCUUUUAAAAAAGGUUUGACUUUUAAAAAAGACUUCUUUUUUAUCCUGUAGCAGCUGAUAUGCAACAAAUAGUUCUGGCAAUGGUACACAGAUGUACUGGCUCUCUGAGCAGAUGAUUAUAGUCCAGCAGGUUCUUGGUGUCAGUGUAUGGAACGCAUAAAUAAUUGGAUGAGGCAAAUGAUUCUUAAAUUAAAUAGGAAUAAAAGAGAUUUUGUGUUUGGCAUAUGAAACGGGGGGGGGGGUCUAAAAACAAAAGACCAAGGUCUAAAGCUUGGCAUACUAAUAGACUCGGAUCUCAGCUUCACUAACUAUCGUAAAGCAAUCAGUAGCGCUGCAUUAUGUCAUCUUAAAGAUAUAAUCAUAGCCAAAUGUUGGGUGGCCUUACAAGACGAAGACAAACUCAUCCAUGCUUUAAUCUCUGACUUCGCAAAAAAACUAAACAGCUACAGCUCAAUUAGAAGCCCUAUUGUCACAGUUCCUCUGGAACUACAGGACAGAAUACAUCACUCCACUGCUAAAAUCUUUACCCUGGUUUCCAGUUGGUCACAGAGUAGAUUUUAAAGUGCUGCUGCUGGAAUAUAAAUCGCUGUGGGGUUUAGGCCCAUAAUAUAUCUAUGAUAUUUUUAAAGAAUAUAAACCAUGUAGUUCUCUUAGAUCCAUGCAUUCUGGUCAGCUAGUCGAGUCUAGAGUCCAAAUUAAACGUCCCAGCAGACCUUAGAUGUGCCCUAAAUGUAGAGAUUUUUAAAUCUUGGUUCAAACGUUUCUCUUUUCAAGUGCCUAUUAUUGAAUUUGCCAAUGCGCUUUGUUUUUAGCUCAGUUUUAUUUCGAAUUGCCCUUGUUUGUACUUCCAUUUCAUUUUCUUUUAUUUCUUGAAGCUAUUGCACUUUCUAUCUCUUUAGCUCUCUCUUAGUCUGUUCCAUUAGUUUUACUCUUUGUCUUUUUUACAUUUUUCAAGGCUAAUCCGACAGUCUGUGUAUCCUGCGUUUAACCAACUCAUCAUCUUGCUUGCUUAGGGUCCUGGAAAAGGCAUAAGUCUAAAGCCUCAGUGCAUUGGUUGUCUUAGGUUUCUCUCAAAAUCAUUUACAUUUAUGGCAUUUGGCUGACGCUCUUCUCCAGAGCGACUUACGAUCUGAUCAAUUUCCACAGGUGGGCGAAGGCGGUGUUUGGGAGUCUUGCCCAAGGACCCUUAUUGGUGUAGGUUUAAUUGACUUGGAGGUUAAAUUCUAACACUGUCAUCCCAAAGAUUCACAAAUACCCUACAGAUUCUGCGUAUUGUUUUGGCUGUUCUUCCAGUGAAAGCUGGUAAACUGGACGCUUCACAAGCAGUUGCAGCUCACAGUUAACACAAACGACGACGACAGCUUACGUGGUGCACAAGAUUUAACAGGCCAUCUUUUUCUGACUCACCUCAUGAGACCUAGUUGUAUUGUUUUUUGCUCUUAAGCAUUUUGUCUUUAUUUUUGAUGUUCUUUUUGCUUUUAUUUCUGUGAUGUCUGUUUAAUUGUCUUUGGAUAUGCAUGAAAUAUGCCAUAAAAUAAACAUGCCUGCCUUG